CCCGUGUUUAUGUACCAGCCUGUAUUCAGUUUGCAAUGUUGCUGCUCGUCACAUGGCACGGUUUCUUUACGUUUUUCGCCUUAACUAAAGAAAAUGAGUAGUGGUUCAAAUCAGAAGACGUUGUUCCAGACUUGGGGUGCAUCCGUCUCCAAAAACAAAGUUGUUCCACCGAAACAGGAUGUCAAGAAAGCUGCUGGACGGCGCAAAACAACCCCAAGCAACACUGCUCAGGUAGCUACAACAUAUCCUCCUCUCAAUCCACUAUGGGCUCAAAUAGGGCAGGGGUGUUCAUACACAACAGAAAACCAAGUGAGGAGGACAGAGGACCCUAAACCUGCAUAUGAAGAGGAUUUUGAUGACGAUGAUUUGAUGGUGGUCGCUGUUUAUGAAGCUGAGAAGAGCCUACAACUUGAAAAUGGGAACUCUUUUCAAUAUGACAACCCUGUAGCAGCAGAGAGCACUGCCCUCUCUCCCGUCCCCUCAGGUGGGCAGACAUAUCCAGACUUCCCUGGCUUUGACAGCUCCUCAGCUAAGGUAUGGAUUUACCCCACCAACUACCCCCUCAGGGAGUACCAGCUGAAGAUAUCAGAGGCAGCUCUGUUUCAGAACACACUGGUGUGUCUUCCCACUGGUCUGGGAAAGACAUUUAUAGCCGCUGUGGUUAUGUACAACUUCUACCGCUGGUAUCCAUCGGGGAAGAUUGUAUUCAUGGCUCCCACCAAACCUCUGGUGGCUCAGCAGAUCGAGGCCUGUUACAAAGUGAUGGGGAUCCCACAGGCACACAUGGCUGAGCUGACAGGCAGCACAGCAGCAAAGAACAGACAGGAGGUGUGGAGGAACAAGCGUAUCUUCUUCCUCACCCCUCAGGUGAUGGUGAACGAUCUGUCCAGAGACACCUGCCCGGCCCAGCAGAUCAAGUGUGUGGUGAUCGAUGAAGCCCACAAGGCGCUGGGUAACCAUGCCUACUGUCAGGUGAUCAGGCAGCUCGGCAGUCAGACUCUGCAAUUCCGUAUCCUGGCCCUAAGUGCAACCCCAGGUGGAGAUACAAAGGCGGUGCAGGCAGUGAUCUCUAAUUUGCUCAUUUCCCACAUUGAGCUGCGUUCAGAAGAGAGCCCAGACAUCCAGGCCCAUUCCCACCAGCGCAGUGUGGAGAAAGUGGUGGUUCCCCUGGGAGAGGCUCUUUCUGCUCACCAGGCGCGCUACCUGCAGGUGUUGGACAAAUUCGUUUCUCGUCUGGUCCAGAACCGGGUGAUGCCACACAAGGAUCUGCGGUCUCUCAGCAAAUACCAGAUCAUUCUCGCCAGGGAUCAGUUCCGCAAGAACCCACCGCCAAACAUCAAGGGUCCGCAGCAGGGAAUGCUGGAGGGCGACUUUGCCCUCUGCAUCAGCCUGUACCAUGGCUACGAGCUGCUGAUGCAGAUGGGGCUCAGAUCACUCUUCUUUUACAUUCAGGGAAUCAUGGACGGAACCAGAGAGAUGUCCAGGGCCAGAAAUGAGCUGCAGAGGACUCCCACCUUCGUUGACCUCUACCAUGAGAUGGAAGCAAUGUUUGUGAAGCCAUCUGCUGGUCCAGGUGAGCCGUUCAUUUACAGUCACCCAAAACUGAAGAAACUGGAUGAGGUGGUUCUGCAGCAUUUCAAACAGGCUGAGAGUUUGGCAGAAAGUAAAGGGCCUCAGGAAUUAAGCACGCGUGUGAUGAUCUUUUCCUCGUUCCGUGAGAGUGUACAGGAAAUCGCCGACAUGUUGAACCACCAUGCUCCGCUGAUACGGGUCAUGACAUUUAUGGGCCAAGCCUCGGCAGGGAAGGGAGUCAAAGGCUUCACCCAGAAGGAACAACUGGAGGUAAUGUCCAGGUUCCGUCAAGGAGGCUUCAACACGCUGGUGUCGACCUGUGUGGGGGAAGAGGGGCUGGAUAUCGGAGAGGUGGACCUCAUUGUCUGCUUCGAUGCACAGAAGAAUCCCAUCCGUCUGGUGCAGAGAAUGGGACGUACGGGACGCAAGAGGCAGGGAAGAAUUGUGGUCAUCCUGGCUGAGGGACGCGAGGACAGGACCUACAACCAGAGCAUGAGCAACAAGCGCAGUGUGGACAAGUCCAUUAUCGGCAACAGGAGUGGGUUCCACAUGUACCCUAACAGUCCCCGCAUGCUGCCUGAGGGGGUGAACCCCAUCCUGCAUAAGAUGCACAUCACCUGCGGCCAGUUUGACCAUCAGGAGAGUAACAGGCGGUCCAUUAGGGGUCGACGGUCCAACUCUGAGGGGCGGGUCUCACUCAUCCACCCUCAAAAUCUGAUUCGACAGGGCAGCUCGACGUCUGACGGGUUUCUUAGCAGUACUGAAUAUUCCCUCUGGGCGGCCACAAUGAAGCUGGGGGAAGAUGAAGCUCAUCCUACUCUAAAACCGUCCCGUUUCUUGUCCAUACCCGGCGAUCUACCACCUCAGGAUGAAGUUUCCAAAAGCAGGCCGGCGUCCAGGGAGCUUUCUUUGUGGGAAUGGAGACACUGGCAGCAUAAAGCGCUUCCUACCCAUGUUGUUGAUCAUUCCCUCCGCUGCAACCACUUUAUUAAGGUGAUGGAGCUAGUAGACGGCAUGAGAGAGGAGAAAGAGGGGGAGUGUCGUUACGAACAGGAACUCCUUCCUUACCUCCACAAAGCCAAUGCUGUUGGCCACGUGAAAAAAGGACCGAAGCAGAAACAGAAGGGUUCAAAGUCCGCCACUAAAACCACCAACAGCAAAGCCAAACCGUGUCACUCGACGUUGUCUGAUCUGGAAUGCUUCGAAGAGGAAGAAGAUUGGCAAAACACACGAGGAAAGAGUAUACUUUCUUCAUUUGCUGCGACAAAACAGAAACUUGCUGCUGAACAUGUUACUGAGGCGCCUAAUGAUGGGAUCACAGAUCACCGAGGACCCGAGGGUGUUUGUCCUCUUCCCUCAAACAAUGACUGUCCAGAAGCUGACAUGGAUUAUGACUGUGUCAUUGUUAACGAGCAGCAAAUGGUCGGUGAGCCUGUAAAUUCUAAAACAACUUCACGGCUGAAGCUUGAAGAAGAGGAGGAUGUUGAACUUCAGGCUAUGUUCUACCUUCCUAAAUGGGAUUCAGCCAUUCCUCCAUCAUUUGCUAAACUCCUCUCAGGAAGAGAUCAGAGUCUGAAGGUUAUCCUGGCAAACGUGGCGGAACUCCUAUCCCGAUCUCCUCCGCCACUGAUUGAAGAUUUAGAGGCAGACAUGGCUGCUCCAUCACUUCCUCCGUCUCCUCAGCAACCUCAUCAGCCAUUCCACGUCAAUUUUACACUAGAUGUGGAAGACGACGACGAUGAUGAUGAAGUAAUGAUGAGUGAUGCUGAUGAUGCACCACUGAGGGCUAACUCAGAUGAGCAUCCAGUUAAUAAAGAGGAAGGUAAAAUGUAUCAUGAUUGGCCUCUUGAGGAUCAGCAGCAGCAGAGCGUCAGCAUGGGCAGCCCCACCUGGGAUGAGGUUUUUGGGGAAGCUGAAGAGAACAAUAAUCAUGAUAUAGGACAUAACCACAAGGAGACAGAUAAUGAGAUUCACAAUGAGAAACAAGCAGGUGAAGAAGCCAAGAAGUACAAGGAAAUAGAAAUGACGGAUGAUGCCAUGACGGAGGAAAAAGAGAGCUGUUGGGUUGAUGAGAGAAACCAGGAAAUGCCAGACUUGACACAUGGUGGUGUGUUAGAUGACGCUCAGAUGGACGACAGCAUGGAUCUGUUUGGGGACGACGAGGACUUCCUGCAGAUGACCAUCCCAGAAAUCUCCACGCCUGGCGGCACUUCCAGGACGUCCCCGGGUGCUAGAGACAUGGCUAAUACAUCAAAAAAUACAUCUAAUGUUUUACACACACAUACACCGACACACCUAAGUGGCCCUACACACACAGCUAAAACCCCCCGUAGAUCCAAUACGGAUGAUGUAGCACACACGAAGCCGAAUACCCCAAGCAAUAUGGAGACAAAACACACAACAACAUCAAGUAAACCUGUAACAGACAAUUCAAUGGCAGACCAGGACAUUUCAGCUCAUUGUGACUCUCCCACAGUGCAACAAAAUUCCAAAUCAUUUGACAGCUCCCAUGACUACUUCCCUGUCAACUUUGAUCUUGGCUAUUCCCUGGAGGACUCUGAUGAAGCUGAGGAAGAGGCGGUUCCUGCUCCUUCUAUGUGGACCUCUCCAAACCCCAAGGAGGCCGACACUACAGCGUCUCCACGGGCCGUCUCCAACUCCUCCACCCCCUCUUACAGCUUCCAUAGACAGAAAACCCCUCUGCAGUCCAGUGAAUCUAAAAUAUCUACACCACAAAUGCUGUCGGCGUAUAGAAAGACAGAAACAGCUGAUUUUCUGGCAUCGCCUCUGGUUUCUAGAUAUGGUGCUCUCCCAUCUCCAAUCACCUCACAAGGAGCUAGACGGACGCUCGUGUCUGGCAUCACCGGGCCUCGCAUCCAAUCUUUAUUCCCCAGUUUAAGACAGACACAACUGGAGAACUCCCCUCCUCAUCCAGUGGAGUGCGUCAGUGACAGUGAUGAUGUCGUGGUUCAUAAAAGGAGAGCUCAGAGCAAGGUCAAACCAUUGUCGUCACCGGAAGUGUCGAAGAUCUCCAGUGAUGUGGACUCCCCGCUGGUAGUGAAGAGGAAACGCACAGCUGCUCUUAUUACUUCUGAUGAAAUGGAGGACCAAACUGUCUCCGAUGAUGAUUUCCAGAAUGACUCUGUGUUCACACACAGAAACACAGCACACGGAGCUGAGAGGGAACCAGUCCUACAGAGCAAAGCCAAGCACCCAAAAUGUCGAAGGGGUCGGCAGUUCCUGGAUGAAGAAGCAAAGCUGUCGGAGGAGGAGGGGUCAGACGUGUCUUCUGAUGAAGAGGAUGGAGAAGAUCAGAACCACUCUCUGGAAGGCUUUGUGGUGGACAACACACACUGCUCUCAGGGACUGAAUGACUCAGAGAUGCAAGGUGUCUACCUAAAGUCGGUGAGAAGCCCAGCUGUCCAUGGAAAGUUUAAAUUGUCCUACAAAAAUCAUAAGAACAUGGACAUAUUUUCUCAGGUGCCCGAGAUGGAUGAAACGUAUGCAGCGGACAGCUUUGUGGUGGGAAGUGAUGAAGAGGAGGGGGAGAGCAGCGAGCAGGAGGCUGAAGACAUUGAACUUAUGCCCGAGGAGUCGUAUGUGGAGGGGCGGAGGCAGUAUGCCACCAGACGGCGGGUUUUCCUCCACAAAGCCAGAGCAGGCGCUAAGACUACACCUGGAUGUCCUCCAACGACAGCUGGUGUGAAAACUAAACGCACCCGUGUCAUACACAUGAAUGAUUCAAGUGAUGAGGAGCUGGAGGAAGCUAUAAGGAGAAGUCUAGCAACAGAAGGGGGUGUUGCUGCCCCCUUGUGGCCACAGGCAGUACAGCCUGAGCCUAACAGGCAGCAGCAGCAGCAGAAACCUUCCUCCUCCUCAUCCUCUUCAACCAUAGCAUCCAAAGUCUCGUUGCUGAGCAAGGCAAAGAGGAGCUCAGUGAGUGCGGAACAGCAAAAUGAGAGGUAUCGCCGGAGAUUAGAAAAUCAGCAUUUGCUCUCUGAUGAACUAGACUUUGCAGAGUCAGAUUUGCCGGUAUCCUCCAAGAAACAACCCCAGGUCCAGGCCCCCCCUGCCCCCUCCUCAGAGCCGCAGACGUCCUCCGCUCAGAGUUCUUCCGUCAGUGCUCCUCCCGUCUGCAUCCUGGUGGACAGCCGCUGCCUCAGUGGAGGAGCGGAGCUGAUGACCAGCCUCCGUCAGCGCCACGCAGCCACCCUCCACGUCUGCUCACUGGACAGCAGCUACUUCAUCGUCAGCAACCGCACAGCAGUGGAGAAGCACAGCCAAUCAGAUCUGGCGGCAACGCAGAACCGGAAGCGAUUGGCUGAGAGAGUGAACAGCCUGCAGGGGUUGUUUGAGCGAGUUUGUCUCAUAGUGGAGAAGGACCGGUCCAAGCCAGGUGAGGCAUCACGUCCGUUUCAGCGAACACGUUGCUAUGACAGCACUCUGACGGCUCUGGUGAGUACGGGGGUGCGCCUGCUGUGGAGCGACGGCGCUGAGCAGAGCGCCGGCCUGCUGGCAGACCUGGCCCGGCUGGAGCAGCGGAAAGGUCAGGCCAUCGCCGUGCCGCUGGAGGUCAAAGGGUCGCACCGGCAGCAGGCCCUGCAGCUGUACCUCGGCCUGCCCUCCGUCAGCUACGUCCACGCCCUCAGCCUGAGCCACAACUUCAGCUCCAUCGCCCAACUCAUCAACAGCUCCAUUGAAGCCAUACAGAAGGGAGGCAGUAUGAGUCGAUCCAGAGCCGAGGAGAUCUACCGCUUCCUGCGCUACUCCUGUGACUCCUUCAUGAUGAACUCAUCCACAGCAGGGAAGAGCAGCUAGCAGCGGGGACAGUUACUAUGCUAUGUCCAGCAACUUCUCCUUCGGAAGUUGUUUAUCUAUAAGAGAAGACAGUCAGGAUAUUAAGGGAACACCAGUCACCUAUCUGUAUGUUAUAAAAUACAAUGUGAUCCUUGAUAAAUGGCACUAAUGCUGUCGGACUCAGUUAAAGCACUACCACGAGGAAUCAUAAGAAAUCUAUAUUUGUUUGUCACUUGAAUAACUUAUUAUUUUGUCAUAAUAAUGGAUACAUUUGUUUACAAUGCUACUCUGAAAUAAAUAAGGUAUAACCUUUCUUUAAUAAACAUUGAUAUUUUUAUACAAAAAGUUUCACACCAUAUUUA